UGGAGCGUGGAGGUUUGUGUGCACAACCCUCCCUUCUUCCGGCCAGGGUGUCCCCGCGACGAGGCUGCGUAGAGCAGCCGCGGGCCAGGCCCAUCCCGCCGCAGCAAUCCGAGGCGCAGUGGUGGUGAGGCGGGUCGGGGUGAGCAGCUCGCGGAGAGCUCCGGAACGCCGCCAGAAUGGUGCUGGAAGGAAACCCGGAAGUGGGAACCCCUCGCACCUUGGACCUCCAGCACGCAGGGAACAAGGGCUCUUGCGUCCUCUCUUCUCCUGGUGAAGAAGCACUGCCAGGCGAGGAACCAGUCAAGUAUGGUGAACUCAUCGUCCUGGGCUACAAUGGGUGUCUAGCAAGUGGGGACAAGGGCCGCCGCAGAAGCCGCCUGGCACUGAGCCGCCGGCCACAUGCCAAUGGAGUGAAGCCAGACGUCAUGCACCACAUCUCCACGCCACUCAUCUCCAAGGCUCUGAGUAACCGAGGCCAGCACAGUAUCUCAUACACACUGUCCCGGAGCCACUCAGUCAUAGUGGAGUACACGCAUGACAGCGACACGGACAUGUUCCAGAUUGGCCGCUCUACUGAAAACAUGAUUGACUUUGUAGUAACAGACACAUCUCCUGGUGGAGGGGCCACAGAGGGCCCUUCCACCCAAAGUACCAUCUCCCGCUAUGCCUGCCGCAUCCUCUGUGACCGCCAGCCACCCUAUACUGCCCGCAUCUAUGCUGCUGGCUUUGAUGCCUCUAGCAACAUCUUUCUUGGAGAGCGGGCAGCCAAAUGGAGGACUCCUGAUGGUCUGAUGGACGGCCUGACAACCAACGGGGUCUUGGUGAUGCACCCAGCAGGUGGCUUCUCCGAGGACUCUGCCCCAGGUGUCUGGAGGGAGAUUUCUGUCUGCGGGAAUGUGUACACACUGCGGGAUAGCCGCUCAGCCCAGCAGCGGGGGAAGCUGGUGGAAAACGAAUCCAACAUCUUGCAAGAUGGUUCGCUCAUCGACCUGUGUGGGGCCACGCUGCUGUGGCGCACUCCGGCAGGGUUGCUGAGGGCACCCACACUGAAACAACUGGAGGCCCAGCGACAGGAGGCCAACGCAGCACGGCCCCAGUGUCCCGUAGGCCUCAGCACCUUGGUCUUCCCCAGUCCUGCCCGUGGCCGCACAGCACCUGACAAGCAACAGCCGUGGGUCUACGUCCGUUGUGGUCACGUCCAUGGCUACCAUGGCUGGGGCUGCCGGAGGGAGCGAGGCCCCCAGGAGCGCGAGUGUCCUCUCUGCCGCCUUGUGGGACCCUAUGUGCCCCUGUGGCUCGGCCAGGAGGCUGGUCUCUGCCUGGACCCUGGGCCGCCCAGCCACGCUUUUGCACCCUGUGGCCACGUCUGUUCGGAGAAGACUGCCCGCUAUUGGGCCCAGACACCACUGCCUCAUGGCACACACGCUUUCCACGCGGCCUGCCCCUUUUGUGGGGCUUGGCUCACUGGUGAGCAUGGCUGUGUCCGCCUAAUUUUCCAGGGGCCACUGGACUAGGCUUUCCAGGGUCCUUGCUGCGAUGCCCGCCUACCCACCCAGGUCCCCCAUCUCCUGCUGUUCAGAGGGAGCUCUGCAUGUGCGACUCUGCCUGCUGGCAAUAGCCACACCAGUUGGACACAUUGGAUGGGCUGUGGCCCUCCCCUCAGCUCUAGUCUCUAAGAGGGUCCCUGAGAUCUCUAUCCCAGUCAUAUUGAUGGGGACUUUAGCACUAGCUCUGCCCUAGGCUGAUGGAGGGUGCCCCAAUGCUCCUGUCCUUCCUGGGGUAUCCUACAUCAUGCCACAUACACUGUGCCCCUGGGGGAGUGAAGGGGCCAUGGCCCCUGACUUCCAGCUUAAGCUGGUUGUACUUUGAACCUGCCAAUCCAGUAACAACUAUCCCUCCCUCCUGCUGCUGCCCUGGGUUACUCUAUAAACCACAUUGCUCAGCUGCCCUCACAGAUCCUCGUGUCCCGAAUGUAUGCAAUGCCUCCAGCCCUCCGUGAGUGAUGAGUGGGCAGGCAGGCUGAGGUCAGCAGUUGCUGAUCUCCAAUACAAACAGGAUAGUACCAAGUGGAGGACGCACGGACAGUCAGCUUCUCCACCUGGUGGAGUUCACAGACUAGUGGAGGGUGGGCAGGCAGCUUCAUGCGUGCUAGGAUCAGAGAGUUCCAGGGCUGCAGAGCAGCCCUUACUGGAUUUGAGAGGCUUCAUGGAGGAGGUAGCACAGGAACUCAGCCGCCAUGGUGGCUUAGAAUCUUCCAGGCCCACAAGGUAAGGAAGGGCUCUGUAUCUUCUUGGCACAGGCUCAGGGUAAGGAAGUGUAGGGGGUGGAGAAACAGAUUAAGGGAAUGCUGGAGCAUAGGGUGUGGCUAUGCUGGAGACUUCAGAUCUCUUUUGUGGGCAGUCAGGAGUCAAAGCUGGGGGAGGCCUCACUACUCCACAGCAACCGCCUCUGAUACAAGGGCUACCGUCACUGGGUAUU